CUGACUGAGUACCUCCUUGAUCAUAUCAACUUCCGCUACGUCCUCACACGGGGCCUAAAUAGCGACCCUGUGGAAUCGCUGUUCAGCAGCCUUAGGCAGUUUAACGGCGGAAAUGACAGAGUCGAUGCGAGAGCUGCAGUCUUCACGGCGGAGAAACUUCUGAAGGUUGGAAUCCUGCAGGCGGCACAGAGUGCAAAUGCACCUACCACUUCUGAGAUGAAAACAGCACUCAAACAAGCCAUCGUGGGCGACGAAACUGCUCCCCUUCCAGAUGUCAUCAACUUUGCUACCAUGGAACUUGCGAGUGAGCUCGGUUUCGUAAAAUUGUGGUCUGGAGCAGAAGCUGACCUAGAGAUCGCCCCACUUAUUUACUUGGCUGGUUAUCUUGCACGUGUAUGCGAGGAGAAGGUACCAUGCGAGUCUUGCAAAACCUUAAUGCAGGUGACCGAGCCAACUGAAGAAGUUUACGGGUUGGUAAAAAACCUUGACCACGGAGCGCUGAAAUACCCGACAAUGCAAAUAACUGGUCUCUGCAAGCUGACCUGCAUCUUUGUUAAAAAAGUGAUGAAGUGCCCCGAGGUCAGGCGAAGUGGCAAGCUUUGCCGACUCUUGGUUUCAACACUCCUGCCACAUUUUGUAAAAUCUCGGGAACUGACGUGCGACAGGGAGGAUCAAGGCCACACCGAGGAAGUGUGCAAGAUUUUUCUAAGCAAAUUGUUACGGCCGCUACUGGCGAACUGGGCCGGGGACCUGAAUGAAACUGUGGAACGGUUAAAACUCGCCUACAAGCCUCUGUCACGGAAGGUAGUACGAUUUUAAAGCUGCUGAACAAGGCGCUUUUCCUUAACUUCACAUCUUGUAAAUAAAGAAAACACUUGACACAGCCUCCCUCGAUAUUUUUUCUCGCCAUUCGAUGCAGCAUUCAUGCUGAAAAACUUUUUUGUUCACUGCAUCGUCUUUACAUAAAGGUGCUAAAACACAUCGUCAAUGUGGCUGAAUGUACGAUCCGUUGUAAACUGCAUCCUACCCAAUUCACCCAGAAAAGUGAAACUAAAGAAAUCUAGCAGAAUAUAGUUAUCCGUACCUAUGCCAUUACGCACGCAUUUGUAAGAAGUUUCAUUUUACGUUUAUUAUUAUUAUUUUUUAACCAGCAAACAAGCACAUCAAGUGAGACAAGUAAAUCGGCACACUCAACAAAAGCACCAGCUGUAUAAGCAGUUCUGCCGCUCAAUAAAUAAUACGCCAGUUCUCUUGAACGAUGGUCGUGUGGCUCGAAACCAGCGGCAAAGGUGCGUC